UCUGCAGUAGAAGACGUCCAAUUUCUAGAGCCCAGGACCAGAGAGGACUUCUUACAAUAUUCCUGUCGGCUCAAACUGGACCCCAACACAGCAUAUAAUUACCUCCGUCUGUCUGAGGGGAACAGAGAGGUGACUUAUGUGGAAGAGAUCCAGUCAUAUCCUGCUCAUCCAGAGAGAUUUGAGCGCCGGGCCCAAGUGCUGUGCAGAGAGGGUCUGUCUGGACACUGUUACUGGGAGGCUGAGUGGAGUGGGGAAGAUGAGGUUUCUAUAGCAGUGUCAUAUAAAGAGAUCAGCAGGAAAGGAGGCAAUAAUGACCGCACUCUGGGAUAUAAUAGGAAUUCCUGGAGUUUGCGCUGCAGUCCCUCAGGUUACUCUUUCUGUUACAAUAGGAAAAUAACUGAAAUCCUUGGUCCCCCCUCCUCCAGAAUAGGAGUGUACCUGGAUCACGGGGCAGGAACUCUGUCCUUCUACAGCGUCUCUGACACAAUGACCCUCCUGCACAGAGUCCAGACCACAUUCACUCAGCCCCUCUAUCCUGGGUUUGCGGUUGAUGUUGAAUCCUCUGUAAAACUGUGUAAUCUGGGAUGAGGCAGAGAGUGAAGGGAAGAUCAGCUCUAAUUAAAGAGAGGGAAAAACAUUUGAAUGAGACAAAACAAAUUUAUUGUAACUAUUCAACACUCGCUCUCUUUAAUUGCAGUGGAUCUACAGAUGACAGAAAAUGAAUAAAAUGAAUGAAAUAAUCAAUUAAAUGAAUGAAAUUAUAAUAAAGGAGAUCUCAAUUCUGUAGGGUUUGAAAAGGGCCCAAAAUUUUCAGCCCAACCCUACAUGACCCCGCCUUCUUUCAGCCCAACCCUACAUGACCCCGCCUUCUUUUCAGCCCAACCUUACAUGACCUCGCCUUCUUUUCAGCCCAACCUUACAUGACCCCGCCUUCUUUUCAGCCCAACCUUACAUGACCCCGCCUUCUUUUCAGCCCAACCCUACAUGACCCCGCCUUCUUUUCAGCCCAACCCUACAUGACCCCGCCUUCUUUUCAGCCCAACCCUACAUGACCCCGCCUACUUUUCAGCCCAACCCUACAUGACCCCGCCUUCUUUUCAGCCCAACCUUACAUGACCCCGCCUACUUUUCAGCCCAAUCUUACAUGACCCAGCCUUCUUUUCAUCCUGAUCCUGGUCAGACUCUGUGUUUUGCAGUGUUUUGAAAGUCCAGCCCAGUCUGAACAUGAAUUUAACACACAGACACUGUAGUUAAGGACAUCAUCGGUGUUCUGAUUGGAGAAGAUGCAGUUGAUGUCUGGGUGGGAUCAGUGGAUGGAGUUUGGAGGCGGGGCUUGUGCAGUGUGCUAACAUUAAUGCUCCUGUUUUGCGGCUGCCGUAUAUAAGCAGGGCAUCACAGUAUUAGCAUUUUACAAACCCCACGCUUCAAUCUGCAGCUCAAUCAUAAAACCACGUAACAGUUUGUCCAGACCUCAGAUUUUCCUUUCGAUGGCUGCUGCCUCACUUCAUUCUCCCCUGACUAUAACUUCUUUCUCCCCGGCUCUGAGGCGUCCAUUCUGUCACUCACAGAGCUCAGCUUAGACUCGCUGGCCUACAACUGCCAUCCAGCUCACACAGCGCUCAGUGCUCAAAAUUUAAAGGACCAGCUACAAAGGGUCCAACCCCAACCAAGCCCUGCACAAAAUGUCAGAAUCAGGGCGUUCUGGUCAGGUUUUUUUCAGACCUGGGUGAAAAUUACAAGCUCUGCGGUGGAGCAGUGACUCGCAUUGUCGCCUCACAGCAAGAAGGUUUUUGGUUCGAAUCCCAAGGGCCUUUCAGUGUGGGUUUCCUCCCAUUGUUCAAGGACUCCAAAUUGCCAGCAGGAAUGAGCGAGUGAGUGAAUGCUGUGUUUGUCCUGCGAUGUAUUGGCAACCUGUCCAGGGUGUAUUCCCGUCUCUUGCCAACUGCAUGCUGGGAUAGGUUCCAGCACCCUCUGCAACCCUGACCAAGAAUUAG